UGUAAUUGCACAAUAUGAUUUUGUCUCUAUGAGUGAUCGUGAUCUGCCUUUGACCAUAGGAGAGAAGUUUGAAGUCUACUGCAGUGAUGGGGAAUGGUGGUUAGCAAAAUCCCUUACUACUGGAAAGCAGGGCUACAUUCCUAGCAAUUUUGUGGUCUACAUCAACAGCCUGGAAGAAGAAGAAUGGUUUUUUAAAGGCCUUAACAGAAAAGAUGCUGAACGUUUAUUAAUGAUGCCUGGCAACAGUGUAGGCUCGUUUUUGAUAAGGGAAAGUGAAAGUGUUCCAGGUGCAUUUUCACUUUCUGUUAGAGAUAUCAUCUCUCAAGAGGAUAUUGUUAAGCAUUACAAAAUCUCCACUAUGGACCAAGGUGGAUACUACAUCUGCCCCUGGAUUACAUUUCCUUCUAUGCAAAAGCUUGUCAAGCAUUAUUCCACUAAUGAGAACGGUUUGUGCCAGAGGCUAAGAUAUCCAUGCAAGACUCUGACUCCACAAAUACCGUGGGCUGCUGAUGAAUGGGAAAUCCCACGAGACGCCAUAAAACUCAUCAAGAAACUAGGAGCAGGCCAGUUUGGUGAGGUGUGGAUGGGUUACUACAAGAACAAUGUGAAGGUUGCAGUCAAGACGUUAAAAGAAGGCAGCAUGGCCCCCGAUGCCUUUUUGGCUGAGGCCAACUUGAUGAAAAGACUUCAGCAUAACAAGUUGGUUCGAUUGUAUGCUGUGGUGACCCAGCAGCCAAUUUAUAUUGUAACAGAAUACUUGGCCAACGGAAGCUUGCUUGAUUUCUUGGCCACCAAUCAAGGGAAGAAUCUGUCUCUUUCAAAACUGAUAGAUUUCUCUGCUCAGAUUGCUGAAGGGAUGGCAUACAUUGAGAGAAUGAACUUCAUCCACAGAGACCUCAGAGCAGCCAACAUUCUGGUCUCAGAGUCCCUUUGUUGCAGAGUUGCUGAUUUUGGCCUGGCUAGACUCAUAGAGAAUGAAUACCUUGCACAGGCAGGUGCCAAAUUUCCUAUCAAAUGGACAGCACCAGAAGCAAUUAACUACGGACUUUUCACAAUCAAAUCUGAUGUCUGGUCCUUUGGAAUUCUUCUCACUGAAAUUAUUACCUAUGGGCAGACUCCCUAUCCAGCUAUGAUGAAUCAUGAUGUUAUCAGACAUCUAGAACAGGGCUACCGGAUACCUUGUCCAGAAUUAUGUCCGUCUAAUCUCUAUGCAAUUAUGUUAAAAUGUUGGAAGGACAACCCAGAAGAACGACCAACAUUUGAAUACCUCCAGUCUACCCUUGAAGACUUUUAUAUAACCACAGAAAAACACUAUGAAUCGGAACCCCAAAAGACCUGAUCUGUGAUCAUCAAAGCUAAAGUUGCUUUUAUCAUAGCAUGGAAUAGUUGGGGAGAAUUUUCUCUUAGCUGCACUUUG